AUGUCGCUAUUAAACUUAAAUUUGACAACUCCCGUAAUACAGCGAAAGCGCCGUAGGGAUCGGUGGCGUCGAUGGUGGGUCUGUUUGCAGCACGGGGGCAAAGCUAGGAGGGCACAACCAACACGUAGAUUCUCUCGCCCAACUGCACAACGUCGCAAGAGGAGAAAUUCACCGGUUAUUAUCACUAGUCCGAGAGCUAAAAAGCGGUCUCGUCGGAGAGGAAUUGGGGAACCGAAGGCUGGACAACGGAAAAGGGGUGCCAUUCAGGGCAAUAAUGGUGAUCAGUGGCGUCCGGACAAGAAACAUUGUUCUGACUCCGAGAAAGACUCAGGUGAGAAGUUCGAUGAAGCUAAAAAUGCAGGAGCUGAUCUGGUUGGUGGAGAGGAGUUGAUAGGCCAGAUAAAAGGAGGAUUCAUGGAAUUUGAUAAAUUAAUUGCUACUCCAGAUAUGAUGCCCAAGUUUGCCCAACUAGGAAAGAUUUUGGGUCCUCGUGGACUCAUGCCAAAUCCAAAAGCUGGUACUGUUACAACUAAUUUACUUCAGGCCAUAGAGGAAUUCAAGAAGGGCAAAGUUGAAUAUAGAGCAGAUAAAACUGGGAUCGUUCACUUAUCCUUUGGAAAGUCAGAUUUUUCUGAGGAAGAUCUUCUUGUGAACUUGCUUGCUGCAGCAAAAUCAGUAGAAACAAACAAGCCAUCUGGUGCAAAAGGAGUAUACUGGAAAAGUGCACAUAUAUGCUCAUCAAUGGGGCCUUCCAUUCGGUUAAAUAUAAGGGAAAUGCUUGAUUUCAAGCCUGCGACUUCGAAUGUUUAAGGAAAUCUAAAUACACAUGUAAAUUAUAUCUUCUAAACUAUUCAGUUGCUGUGGCCACUUUGGCUGCUGAAGCAGAGGUAGCAGAAGAAACUGAACAACUCCAAGAGGGUGUUGUGGAAAGUGGUGUCGUUGUUACCCCAACUAAGCCCAAGAAAGGCAAAGCUGCAUUGCCUCUCAAGAGUGACAGAAGAAGGUCUAAGAGAUUCUUGGAAAUUCAAAAAUUGAGGGAAAACAAGAAAGAGUAUGACUUAAAAACAGCAAUAUCAUUGCUCAAGCAAAUGGCAAGCAUAAAGUUUGUCGAAACAGUUGAAGCUCAUUUCCGUCUCAACAUUGACCCAAAAUACAACGAUCAAUAGCUGAGGGCAACAGUGAGUUUUCCCUGCAUUUGAUUAAUUGUAAUGAGAAAUACGGUAGCAAUCUCAUGG